AGUAAGUGCAAGGCCUUCUUGAUUUGUGCAAAUCACACCAACUACCCCUCUUUCUUGCAUCCUAAAACACAAAAUAAACCAAGUUUAUAUCAAAAUAAUGGUCAAUAUCAGAUUAGUCCAUUGGUCACAUGACAAUAUAUCAUUCUAUAAUAUAAUAUGAACGUGCAAAUAAAUAAUACAAAACAAAAGAAAGUUAACCCUUACAACUCCUCAACAGCACUUUCCAGAUCAGAUUCCAUAAGUCAAACACAAAACGUCUAUAAAAAUCACUGAAUAAACCUAAAAGAAUCUAUUAAAAUUAUGAUAUUUUAAUUUUUUCUGAUAUUUUCCUACUUGGUUGCCCAAUUUUAGGGUGAAUAUGAGGCGUUUGCGGGCUGGAUUUGCGAGAUCAAUCAACUAGGCUAGCGGUUUUACUCCAUUCCGAUCAUGCGUGGUAGAAUAAAAACAAAAAACUUUUUUGAAAUUUGGUAAGAAAUGUUUUAGAAAAAUGUGAAUUUUUCGAGAAUUUCAGCAAAAUGGGCAAAGAAAAAGCGGGACCACUGACUGCUAAAGCUAUCAGUAACAAAAUUAAAGCUAAAGGAUUACAGAAAUUGCGAUGGUAUUGUCAGAUGUGUCAAAAACAAUGUCGGGACGAGGUAUGAAAUUUUGUCAAGUAUACUGAUUAGUGUAUACGUACUUUUAUACUACUACCACUACGUAGUACGUAAUUUAUACAAAUGUAGCCAGCCAUAUUUUAGUCCAAAGUAGUAGAUAAUAGUGGUCGGCAUCUGUAAAAUAUUUUUUGUAAUCUCCAAAAUUAUUAAAAUAUACAGUAGUGCAAAAAUUGCCACAGGAACUAGCCAUGUUCCUAUCCCAGCCAGUGUGCUUUAUGGGCUUGAGAGGCAUUCGCCCCCAUGAAUAUCUGCCAUUUUGAAUAUUUUCAUGGGGAUGCCUCAUAAAUGCACUGGCUAGGAACAUGGCGACAGCUACCCUGGAUUCCAGAGCCUUCGACAGUAAAUAAUAAAUUGAAAUGUCGCGAAGGCUCUGGUUCAACGGAGCGAUUCUUUGAUUAAGCCGUGCCAAAACAGAAUUAGUGGUUUAAUCUGUACUAAAACCAUUCCGUUUUGUGAUUGGCGCGGCUUAAUCAGUGGCGUAACGUUAUAUCAAGGGGCCCCCGGUUCAAAAUUUUCGAAGGCCCCCCUAGUAGAAGUGCCAAAGGCACGAGUCGAGCGCCGUAUAUGCACAAGUUUUCUAGGGGGUCCAGGGCAUGGUCAUCCAGAAAAUUUUUGAAUCUAGACUCUCUGAAAUGCCAUUUCCUGGACUUUGGGGAGAGAUUUUACAGAAUUCUGAUGGUCAUAAAACGACAUUGUAACAUAUCAGAGGCCCUGGCCAAUGUUUUUGCCCUAUCGCAUAAGCCUGGGGGGCCCCAUUUGGGUUUGGGGCCCCCGGGUUCACCCGGUCUGAGCCCAUAGUAGUUACGCCACUGGGCUUAAUCAAAGAAUCGCCCCGUUGAACCAGAGCCUUCGCGACAUUUCAAUUUAUUAUUUACUGUCGAAGGCUCUGGAAUCCAGGGUAGGCGACAGCUAGCUUUGUAACGGUUAUGCAAAUGCAUCGACCAGAGCCUGAAAAAAAUUGCCUGUACAAAAAAGAUAUUAUUUAUUUAAACCCUGAUGUUGAAUACAUCAAAACCAUGAUGUCACAUCCUGUUGCCACCACCUAAAUUUGCUCUAUUAUAGAAUGGUUUCAAGUGUCACUGUACGUCAGAAUCUCAUCAACGACAACUGCUGUUGUUUGCCGAUAAUCCAGAUAAAUUUCUUGACACUUUCUCAAAGUAUGUACAAGACUAGUCCAAUUUUAAUGCAGUUUUCAUAAAUAGAUGUAAUAUUUGGCAAUAUUCUUAACUUGCUUCAUUUCAGGGAAUUUGAAGAUGACUUUAUGUUAUUGCUUAGAAGGCGAUUUGGUAAGUUAUGUGGCAAUGCAUACACAGAUUUUCAGAUUUUGCUCGGGAGGGGGUUGCCUGAAAUUUAGGAGGGAUGUGAGUGAAGGGGUGCACAGUCGGUAGUGUGGACGGGGUGGAGGUAAGGAAGCAAAGUCGCCCAGGAAAUUUUGAGAUUUGUUGUCUUAGUUCAAAAUUCUUGUUUGUAGUCUUAGUUUAACAUUUAACCCAUUGAGUGGCAGCACUCUCCCCCUGAUGAAUAAAAUUGUCUGGCAUUAGACAGAGUAAAAUAAUAAAGUACUAAGAUGCAUCUGGGUGCAUUGCCACUUAAAGGGUUAACAGGGUGCAUGGGCAGAUAAUGAAGUCUCAUGAUUAACCCAUCGAGUGGCAGCACUCUCUCCCUGGCGAGUAAAAUCAUCUGGCAUUAGACAGAGUAAAAUAAUAAAGUAGGGCACAUCUGGGCGCAUUGCCACCGAAAGGGUAAUUAAAAUCCUUAUUUCAAUCAUACUACUGUCAUUAAUCCAACAAGCAAUUUACUUUAAAUUUCUGGGAAUGAGGGGGGUGAAAAUUUUUCUGCAUUCCCCCCCCCCCUAGAAAGUUUGUCUAUGUGGCAAUGUUGGUAGUGGUGUAAAUGAACAAAUUUCCUAGUGUAUUUUAUAGGAUGAUAUAUACAUGUACUAGUCCAUUUAUUUGAUACUAAAUAUUCAUUGGUUUUCCCAAUAAGGCACUCGGCGUGUCCAUUCCAAUGUGGUCUACCAAGAAUUUAUCAGCGACAGAAACCAUCUACACAUGAAUGCAACACAGGUAAUUUGAGUGAUGUGGAUUAUAAAUGCCACAAUUACAGUGCAGAGUCUGAAAUUUGAUUUCGGAUACCAACAUGUGAAUGAUUUGUAUCCCGACUGGAUACUAAGAAAAUAGCACACACUUGGAAAAUGUUAAGCUUCUCUGACAGUUUCCUCAUAGCUUUUGAAUACUAUGAGAAAAUUGAAAGAUUUCUACUUUGUUUAGUGGGAAACUCUGACAGAGUUUAUCAAAUGGUUGGGCCGUGAAGGUAAAACUUGACUAAUUUAACCAUUGGGCCAUUCCAGAAAACAUCCGCAGCUCCCCAACAGAGGAAAUUGGAUGUUAGCCCCCUAUUCCCAGGUGAUACAUUUUACAAUUAUCAGAAGUAUAUUUUCCCCAUCUCUGUCCUGUUGGCAGGAAUUUCCUCCAUAGGGGGAGUGUGGAUCCAUCCUGGUAUUACCCAUUCUGAAGUUGUUCGAUAAUUAGAACCGUCUAAAAAAUUUGUGGCAUUCAGGAAAUAGAAAGUAUCUGACUGUGUCUGUCAAUUAUUCUCCAGGCAAGUGCAAAGUUGACAACACAGAGAAAGGGUGGUUUAUCACUUACAUCGACAGGGAUCCUGAAACGCUUGCAAGACAAAAGGUAUUAAAAUUGAUAUUUUCUCUGACUUCUAGACAAUGAUAUUUGAUUUUCGUUAGAGGGAUUUUUGUUGUAAUAAAUAAAAGAAAACGUAUAAUUUUACCUUUCUGUUUAAUCAGGCUACAGAAAAUAAAGAAAAAAUGGAAAUGGAUGAUGACGAAAAAACAGGUACAAAUUAAAAGUUACAGUUUGUAAAAGUACAAGGUUUACAAUAUCCCCUGUAUACACCAUGUAUAUACAUAUACACCAUGCUAACCUUAUUGACUAGUUGUGUAAUAUUUCAGCCAAAUUCAUUGAGAAACAAAUAGAGAGAGAACUGGCCAGAAAAGGUGAUCAGGUAGAAUAUACAUUUAUAUCAGAUAAUCAUAAUCUAAAAGAUAGAAAAACAUACUAACUCAUGCAGUUACUUUUUGUAGACAGCAGUGCCUGAAAUGAAAAUUCAUCUGGUGACCAAUUCUCAGAUUUUCAAUUUUCAAAUCUACCCAUCGGCUACUCCUAGCGUUUGAAUGAUGGUUUUUAAGGCGCAUUUCAGCACUUUUAAUUGAAAAAACUAGCUAGGAAAAUUAAUUAUGCAUAAUUCAAGAUCAGUAAACUCAAUGUUUUUAACAAUAAAAAUGUUUUAAAAUAUUUAAAACAUUGAGUUUGCUGAUCUUGAAUUAUGCUUAGUUGAUUUUCCUAGUUAGUUUUUUCAAUAGACAAUUCCCAUUAUAGACUAAUUUUAAAACUAGACAAGGGGGUGCAAAUAUAUUACCACAGCUAGAAAGAGCAUACUAAAAUGAGUAAAAUUGCAAAGUUUGAUUGCGAAAUGUUGUAAAAUAUGCGGAAAAUAUAGCCUUGCAAAGUUCGCAAAUUUUGUAUACUUUUGUAUUGCGUGCGGUAAUUGCUACCACAUUUGGGCCGAAAAUGGUAGGAAUUUGCGCACGCAAUACAAAAGUAUACAAAAUUUGCAAACUUUGCAAGGCUAUAUCUUCCACAUUUUACAACAUUUCGCAACCAAACUUUGCAAUUUUACUAAUUUUAGUAUGUUCUUUCUAGCUGUGGUGAUUUAUUUGCAUCUCCUUGCCUAGUUUUAAAAUUAGUCUAUAAUGGGAAUUGUCUAAUUAAAAGUGCUGAAAUGCGCCUUAAAAACCAUCAUUCAAAAGGCUGAACUGUUCUGAACUGUGCCUUUAACGCGAACACAAUCUGUUUUAGUCUGAAUCAUGUCCAACUGAGCUGGAACGAAGUAACGAAGAGGAGAAAGGUGUGUGAUAUUUUCAUUGGUGCUAAACACUUUUCUAAAGUAUUGUGUAGCACAGUGUGAAUGUGUUUUUAAUUUCUUGUUUUUAGUCACAUUCAGUCUCACAUCGACAAAAACGGUUGAAUCUGGUGCUGAGAAAGAAACAAAUAAACCAUCAACUAGGUUAGAUUUUUCAAGGGUUCUGCUUUAUAUUACUAAAGCCAUUGAAAAAUGUUUUUUUCUUUUUGGGUUGAGAAAGAAACACAUAAACCAUCAACUAAGUUAGAUUUUUCAAGGGACCUGCUUUAUAUUACUAAAGCCAUUGAAAAAUGUUUUUUUCUCUUUGGGUUGAGAAAAAAACACAUGCAUAAACCAUCAACUAGGUUAGAUUUUUCAAGGGACCUGCUUUAUAUUACCACAGUUAAUAGAAUAUUAACUGUGAUAUUACUAAAGCCAUUGAAAAAUGUUUUUUUUCUCUUUGGGUUAGCUUGUAUUCUCGGGUUUCAUAUGAAGUCAUGUGGAGCUCAAGGGUAAAGGAUGGGAUUUAUAUUGUUUUAUACUGGCUUUUUAUAAUAAUCGGAUAAAUCAUUUACAUAUAACACAAAACAAUAUACACUCCGAAAAUUGUAAAUAUUUUCAUUCUUUUCAUUUUAUUUUUGGAGUGUCUAUUGUUUUGUGUUUUAUUAAAGUACUCUAUGGCAACUGCAAUCAUUUACAUAAGAUGCGUUGACAUUUUGUUUCUUUGCUGUUUUAGUUCACCUCAGUUCAAUGAUUGACCCCCACUUGAGGCAAAUUAUACUAAACAAUCACGUGAUUGGAACCCAGGAAUGAGGGGUCAUUCCAUGUCAUUGAGUGUAGCUUGUUUCAUUCAUGAAUGUUUUCAGUAGAGAAGAAUGCGAUGUACAAUACUGUUCCUUUUGUUCCAGCAAGUCCAUGAUAUCCAAGCCAAGUCCGUUGGUGAACAUGAGUAAAGCAACUGAUAAAGAGGGCAGAAAGAAGGAGAAAGAAACGUGAGUUAUCGCAAUGCAACUAGAAACAAACAUUCUGGGUGUCAUUAUCAGUUUUUGAACAUCCGUAAUAUUUGGUAUAAUAAUUUAUAUGGCCGCGGUUCCGUCCCGUUCUCUCUGGAACGGAUUUUCCCCUUGCCAACACUCCAACCGUCCAACAAUAUCUAAAACUCUGAAGCCUCCCCCCCCCCCUUGCCCCAUUCAAACGAUGAUGAGAUAUUUGUGAUAUUUGCGUCAUUCUAAGACGAAAUGUAAUAUAUCCUUAUAGUAAAAAAACUCAUCUUGAUCAACUUUUUCACUGUCAAAGCAUAUGGGUGAAUUUUUGGUCAAAAAAGGAAAGGAAAACUAAUUUGCAAUUCACCUAAUGACAUCAUACGACAGUGAAAAAGUUGACCAAGAUGGGAUUUUUUGUUAUAAACUAUAAAGAUAUAUGAGAGUUGAGAAAACUCUCGUGCAAACUCUCGCUUCUCAACUCUCACCAACUCUCAUGCAACUCUUGUUCGCGUUUGACCGGGGCAUGAAAGUUGAGAAAACUCUCAUGCAAACUCUCGCUUCUCAACUUUCAUGCAACUCUUGUUCUCGUUUGACCAGGGAAUGAGAGUUGAGAAAACUCUCAUACAAACUCUCGCUUCUCAACUCUCAUCAACUCUCAUGCAACUCUUGUUCUCGUUUGACCAGGGAAUGAGAGUUGAGAAAACUCUCGUGCAAACUCUCGCUUCUCAACUCUCACCAACUCUCAUGCAACUCUUGUUCGCGUUUGACCGGGGCAUGAAAGUUGAGAAAACUCUCAUGCAAACUCUCGCUUCUCAACUCUCAUGCAACUCUUGUUCUCGUUUGACCAGGGAAUGAGAGUUGAGAAAACUCUCAUACAAACUCUCGCUUCUCAACUCUCAUCAACUCUCAUGCAACUCUUGUUCUCGUUUGACCAGGGAAUGAGAGUUGAGAAAACUCUCAUACAAACUCUCGCUUCUCAACUCUCAUCAACUCUCAUGCAACUCUUGUUCUCGUUUGACCAGGGAAUGAGAGUUGAGAAAACUCUCAUACAAACUCUCGCUUCUCAACUCUCAUCAACUCUCAUGCAACUCUUGUUCUCGUUUGACCGGGGCAUGAGAGUUGAGAAAACUCUCAUGCAAACUCUCGCUUCUCAACUCUUAUCAACUCUCAUGCAACUCUUGUUCGCGUUUGACCGGGGCAUGAGAGUUGAGAAAACUCUCGUGCAAACUCUCGCUUCUCAACUCUCAUCAAUUCUCGUUUGACCACAGUCAUUUCACAGCGUGUUUUUCUUUUUAGACUAAAGCGAAAAUCGGCCUUAGAUGAAAUAAUGAAAGUAAGAGAAAUGUUCAUCAGUUUGCUCGUCAAAACCUUUUUCAAUUUAAUUUUGUUUCUUGACUGUUGCCUCGAUAGGAAGAGGAAGCGAAGAAAGCAAAAAAAGAAACUUUACGGAAAGAAAAUUGGUUAAUGAAGGUUAGAUUAUUCACUGACAGAUUAUCCAAGAUUUUUAGUUGUACCAGGCCCGUGAGCAGGGCUCAAAGUAGAGAAAAAAUAUGGCCUGCCAGUCUCAAAAUUUUUGGCAGGUGAAAUAAAUUUUAGCCUGCCGUUUUUAUUCAUUGAAACUGACAAAAUGGCGAUGUCUCAUAGGAGUCAUAUUGUAAAAAUCAAUGUUUUGAUGAUAUGCAUUUUUAGUAUUUUUAUUACAGUAAACUUGGAUUUACAUUUCAAACGUAUGUAGUCGACUAAAUGAUCUAGUAUAUAUGACAUAAGCAGGGUCACGCAAGAAUUUUAUCCAUAGAGCAAUUGGUUAUUAUUAGCCCAAAAUCAUAUACUUCAGUAACUAUUUGAAAUAAAAAACUGUCUGACGACUUUUCAAACAAGAUUUAAUGUUAUUUGGUCAUUUAGAUGUAGUUUUAUAUGGCUAACUCUGCUUAUGACGUCACUAAAAUCACCGAUAAUGAGAUUAAAAAUUAAUCCAAGAUGGCGGACAGCAAAUUAUUUUAAGUCAAAAUAUUUCAAGAAAUAAUAAAGUUACGCAAAGUCGGUACAGGAGAUUAACAUAUAAUUUUAAAAGUUCUUUAAAAUGAAAUAAUAAAAAAAUAUAUUGCUGUUUCCCUUUAAUUAAAUGAAAUAUAUUUAUAGAAUUUCACCUGCCAUUUUUUUUUACUUGGCAGUUCAAAUUUGUUUUUGCCUGCCAUUUCUAAAAUAUGACCUGCUUUUGGCCAUUGGCGCCCAUGAGCUAUGUAUGUAUCUGGAGUGAGAAGUGAGAACUCGAGUCUAAACAUUGAAGCCAAUGUAUUUGAAAUUAUUCUUCUUUAGGGAAUUGUGGUGAAAGUCGUUCAUAAGAGACUCGGUGAAAAAUAUCACAAAAAGAAAGCGGUUGUCAAGG